AUGGAUUCCGACGCCAUCAUCGCCGCGAUGACAACAGUCAGGGUCCCCACCGCGAGCGCGCCUACCGACACCAAUAGCAGUAACAGUGAGCCAGAUGGUAGAGCUAAGGGUACUUCAGCUAUCGAUUUGACCGGCCUUACCAAUGAAGUACCGAAUAUCACUGGCGAUUAUCCCAAGACCCUCAUUCUCGACAUUGGCGGCCGCAAGUUCAAGGUCUCGCGCGAUACACUGCAGGCAGAGUCAGGCCUUUCCCGACACCAACUCUCCGGCCGCUUCCCUUGGGAGCCCGAGGCAAACGGCUCGUACUUUCUUGACGCCGACCCCGAUCUCUUCGAGCACCUACUACGCUUUAUGCGCCGCCCCGAGGUACUACCGCUUUUCUACGAUGCGGCCAAAGGAUAUGACUAUGAUCUGUAUAAUCGUUUGGAGGCUGAGUCGCAGUACUUCCAGAUCGACGUAUUGCAUGAGUGGAUCAAAGAAAAGAAAUACCUCAACGCUAUCAGAGUCCAAACCCGCGACGCGAACAUCCGAAGCACUGGCGCGAUUCGCCCAGAAGUCUUCCCCGCGAACAAGACCGAGGACUGGUAUAUUGUUUCACAAAAGCGGAAGAUAUACCUUUGUCCUCGCCAAAUCGGAGCUCACAGAGGCCGUCCGGAGUUGUGUGGCAUGGCAUGUCAUAAGAAGCAAGCGGAGUACGCAGUGGAGUAUGCCGAAGAAACUUAUUUGGAGGUGUUAAGCGUACGAAAGGAGACUGUGUUCGACGCGAAAGCCUGCAGGAAGGAGUGGACCUAGAACUGGCCCAGCAGCUGGAUGCGCAGUGAAUGCCCAAUAGCCUAAAAGAUGGGACAAAGUCAUCGGGAACGUAGUAGUUUCAUGGACAUUGUAGCGUACAAAAGCUAAGGUAUAUGCUUAGGUGACUAGCGCGCGAUGAUCGUUCCCAGUUCAGCGAUGCUUUUGUAUCUGUACUUGAUCUAAUGAUUUCAAGAUUUGGAGAUGGUGUAUCUUUCGCAUCGCGUUGAUCUAUCAUACAACGGUCUGCAGACAGAUUUCGAGUACUUCUCGGUCGAUGCGGUGAACAGAUAAAUCAAAGCAUAAGCAAAUCGGGCCGGAAGCGCGCAGAACGCGGAUGGAUCGGAGCUCUACAGUAUGGGUGCUGGCACGUAGGUACCUGUUUGUGCCCAUAUUGAAGACGCCAUCCCUCGAAGACGGGACGUCCCGGCCGACGGAACGAGUUUGAUGGGCU